UGUGUUUAUAGGAUAUUUGGAUGGCAUCUUUUGCACCAAAGGUUAACGAGGGAUUAAGAGCAGCAUGCAAAAAAUGUGGCUAUGCUGGUCACCUGACAUUCCAGUGUCGUAACUUUGUUCAGGCUGACCCAAACAAGGAGGUUUUAUUGGAUGUCAGUAGCACCAGCUCAGACUCCAGUGACGAGGAUUUUGUGUCCCCUCUUACACAGCUCAAAAAAGAAAAAUAUGAGAAAGAUAUAAAGAAAUCUUCAAAGAAAAAGAAAACAGACAGGACAAGGUCACGGUCACCAGUAAGAAAGAAAAAGUCCAAGAAACACAAAAAACACAAGUCCGAUACAGACAGUGAUUCGGACAGUGAUUCACGUGAUUCAACACACAGAACAAAGUCACACAAGUCCAAGAAAAAGUAUCGACAUAGAGUUAGCGAUUCUAGUGACAGGGAAUUGAUAAGUGAUAGCAAAUCAAAAAAACACAGGGAUCGGGAUAGUGACUCUAGUGAUAGGGAAGUAAAACGUGAUCACAAAUCUAAAAAGAAACACAAGAGAACAUCAAAAAAGCACAGGCGAAAAGAUUCAAGUGAGAGCGACUCUGAUUCUCAGCAGAGGCAGCACAAGAGAUAUGAAGAAUCCAAGUAUUUUGUCUCUUACAAAGAGAUGAUGUAAAAUUGAUUUCAGCAAAAUCAAUGCAUAUGUAUUUCAAAAUGUAAAGAUUAUUCAGGUAAAAAAUUUAGUAAAAAACACUUGUCUUUUAUUUAUUUGUUAUUCCAAUCCAUUUGCAAUGUCAGGUUCCAAACAAUGAAA